UCAUUUUGCGUGCGUCUUUUUUUGGCAGCGCGCGUUAACCUUGGAUUUUUUCAUAGCGAAGCGCUGCACGUACGCGCACAAGUUUCGGAUAGUCGUAGAGCGUCCCCCACUCGGCGCGUCCGAAUUUUCUGCAUUCGGGCGGCGCGAGGAGUUUUCGGCGGUCGCAUUAGCGAGCGAGAACGUGCGGCGGCUAGAGCGAGCUGACGGCUGAGUGUCGGGCGCGGGAUUGUGCACGGGCUUGGCGCGAGCGCGGGAUUGUGGCGCGCUGCACUAUGCGGAAGUGAGCAGUACACAACGAGCACGGACAUCGCCGCACCACAGUGCUAGUGUUACGACAGUGAUACGCAUUACGCAGUGGACGCCCAGUGUUGCGAACUAUGGUAUUUGUGUGCAGCUCGCUGGAGCUUUAAUGUUUCUCUAUUGACGGACAAACGGACUGAGGAAUUACUGGAUAUUCAUGGAAUCGAGGGCAGGUAUACGAGGCGGCCCGGGCAUGGACUCCCAGCAGCAGCAAUACUGUCUGAAAUGGAACAGCUUCGGCUCCAACCUGGCCACGUCGUUCGCGAACCUCUGGAACUCGGAGAGUCUCGCGGACGUCACUUUGUACUGCGAAGGUCGUCAGUUCAAGGCGCACAAGGUUAUCUUGGCGGCGUGCAGCAAGCACUUCCAGGAGCUGUUCGACAGCGCGCCGCCAAGCCAUGCGGGUGCCUGCUACGUCAUCCUGGAGGCAACCAGCGCCGACAACAUGCAGGCGCUGCUCGAGUUCAUGUACAAGGGCGAGGUGCACGUCAGCCAGGAUGCGCUGUCCAGCUUCCUUAAGAGCGGGGAGAACUUACAGGUUAAGGGCCUUUCAAUGGAAAUGUCUCAAGACGCUUGGAUGAAGCAACAGACGCAGCAGUCGACCGGCGAACGUCAUCAGGCACGGAUCAAGACGAGCCCAGUAUCGGGUUCGGGGAGCUGCGAGGCGCAGGAGGCGACACCGCAGUCACACACGGCCACUUUUGCGCCUAUCAUGCCGCAGUACGGCGUGCCGAUACACAGCAGCGGCGGUAUGGGUCGGUAUGCUCCGCCGGCACACAUGCCCAUGCACCAGCCGUCGCAUCGGCGACCGGCUGCCCCCAAAACUGUACCCAGCCCGCAUGCAAGGAAUUACAGGCAAAGUUCCUCAUCGUCGCACUGCGGCAGUGUGGCUGACGAGCCGGACACGCGGUCGUCGCCGGGAGCAGGUGCAGGUGCUGGCGGGGGCGCAGGGGCGGGCGCGCGCUACGAGGACGCGCCCGCAGAGUGCACCUCCACGCUUGCCAACCCCAAGAACAACGGCUACGAGCGCAGCGCUAGCGCCAACGAGGACAUGGAGCGCCUCUCUAAUGACCAGGGAGCUGAAGAUUUACGGAUAAAGAGUGAGAACGACUAUCAGGGUGGGUACAACACUUCGCCGCCACCGGCGCUGCCCAUGCCGACUACUAACUACCACGACAAGCCUGCGGAUACGUCGCCCGUGCCGCAGAAGACGAGCCCCGAUAUCUGGCCAGCUAAGAUCAUAACUAGUAAAUCUGGAGGAAUUGCUACUGCUGAUGGUAAAAAACUAAAAUGUCCAUAUUGUGAGCGACUUUACGGGUACGAGACGAACUUGCGCGCGCACAUCCGGCAACGGCACCAGGGCAUCCGCGUGCCGUGCCCGCACUGCACGCGCACGUUCACGCGCAACAACACCGUGCGCCGGCACAUCGCGCGCGAGCACCGCCACGCCGUCGCGCCCCUCCACCCGGGUCCUCUCCCCAACCACACGCAGUAAGACUUACAUUUAAUUCCCUACAAAUUCUCUAUCAACCGAUCUACCUCUGCAACUUCGACCGGCUAGGGUGACCUCAAAUUAGAAUUACGAUUUAAGAUUGUCCCGAUUAUAUUUUAUAAAUCAUGGUCACCCUAGCCGAGUCUCUAUUUUCGUAAAAACGUACAAUAAUUAUACCUCAAUGAUGCAUAUUAUGUAAACAGUCUACCUCAGAAUUUGAUCUUAGGAUUUUUAUAAGGUUUUUCGGAAGUUUUACGAUUUAUAAUUGUUACUUAAUUUUGUUUUUUUUUUUUUGAUUGUGUCAGUCACGUGUUGACUUCGAACGGUUGCUCAUCGCUCGUCUGUAUUACCUCGGUACCAUGUUUAAAAAAUAUAGUACCUACUUUUCGCACCCCUGGAUGUGUUAUGUACCUUAAUUUGACUGUGAGAUAAAGUUACCUUUGUAGACGAUUUAUUCUGAGCUCUCGGUCGAGUGAGACAUGGCUUAUUUUAUAUUAUCUGAGCUAGGGAAUCUUAGAAAUGAUGUUGAGACUGAUGGUCAUAGGCUAAGUGUAUGUAAAUAAUAGGAGAAUAUUGUAUUUCGCCUUGGCCUAGGUUGAGACACGCGUUAAACACGACUUUGUGGCAAAUUUUACACAAUUAUUAUUUUAUUUUUAUAUUCUGUACAUACGCAAUAUUCAAUAGUCAGUUAUUUACGGGUUUAAUUUUUAAUUAUUACUCAUCUGUGAUACAAUAGUGAACUGUCUCUGUUUGACUUUUGCCACAUUGUCAUUAAGAGUUGACGUAGUCAGUGUUGAGAUAGCGGGAUAAACAGUUGAAUACUGUACAGUAAAUCCGAACAGUUUCAGUUUGUACGAAGUACAAUUUUGCCCUAGAUACAUAAGUAGUUAGGUAAAAAGUGUUAUUAAUUUUUUUUGUGUACGUUAUCAAGGCGUGUAUGUCCUACAAUCCGUUACUGGUCGCACCGGCUCGCAUCGCGGAUGUUACUAUUGAGACCAAAUUAUUAUAUGUUUUAACGCGAUGGUGUCGAUUUUAACAUUCCGUUGUUUUGUUUAAUGAUUGUGCAUUUACACGAAGGAUUGCUACUUUUAUUUACCUAGUCAUGUCAAGUGCCGGUUGAGAUUUAAAAGAUUAUUUAAUUUAGGUGUGUCGUCGGUGCAAUUGUAUUAUAAUGUUGCGUGUGCGCCGACGGCCGCGGUCUUUUAAACCUUACAUUAUCCGAGCUGUUCAGUUAUGUUUAACUUGAAGUGGGACAGUGCCAAAUAUCCUCAUUAUGUUCACAUUUUUAAUUUAUUUAUUCCUUUUUUUGUUAAGUGUGAAUGUAGCGACUGCGUGUUACAUUCCUGAUAUUUAGGAAUGAGUUGCAUUCAUAUUUAUUAUAUUUAUAUUUUAGGAUACACUGAAUUAUGUUAUACUAUUUGCUUUAUGAAGGCUCAGUGAUUUCUUUAUAUCGUAGGUGUCGUCAUUUUUAUAAGAGGUUCGUUAUUUACAGUUUUUUUUAUUUCGUAAAAUGUAGUAAACUUCAAUGAUUAUGCAAGAUCUAAAUACCAGUUUUCAUAUACAAAAAUGAUUUUUUUUUGCAAUUUAAAUCUAAACAAAAAAUCAUGAAAAAAGCAUUUAUACCAUAACAGUUCUAUAUUUUGUAACAUUUUUUAACAAAACUAUUUUGUAAUUUUGUUAGCACAGGGGAAAUUUUACAAAUAAUUUUAACGACUACUACACGAAUUAUAUGUAACUGCCAGGAUUAAAUUUAUAUUUUUUGGCGUCAAUAACAACAAUAAUAAAAAAAUACAUUUGUAACGUUUGGGAUGAAUGUUUCAGAAUUUUGCAGUACAUGUUUUGUUUCUGUGAAUUCAAAAACUCAAUAAUCGACCCUACGUUUCAAAAAUAAGAUUUAAAUUCAAUUUAUAAAAAGUCACAUCGUAAAAUUUCUGCUUUUCCCAAUUUAUUUUCAAAGAUUUUCGGAAAAAGUCAAUUGCAAAUUUACGAAUAAAUGAAACCUCGAUGUUAAUUUUUUGGAACCAAUUUUUUCAAUAUGCUUGUAAGUUACAAUUUUGCGCACUGCAAUUCAAUUUUAAUAUUUGCCGAAGUCAUCAUUAUUUCUCUGUUAAUGACAAUUUUAUAAUUUUUCUUCUUCCGUAGACGUAUUUGUAUUGUUAAAUGGAAACAUUUUUCCUAUUUCAAUUAUAAAUUGUUGACAAUUAUGUUUUUAUAAUUGGGGUGAACAAUUUUGUUCUGUUUUUGUCAUUUUGUUUUUUUUCUGUUAUGAAUUCAAAAUUCAUAGUUGUGAUUUCUUUUUGACAUUUAAUGUUUUUUGUGAUAUGUAAAAAAGAAUUGCAUUAAUGCAUCAAGUUUUUAAGCUUUCUUUGGAUUUGUUUUGGAUAAGUCAUCGAGGGGGUAACGUAGAGGAGUCGACACUAGAGUGCGCUGUUAAUUUGGUCUUAUUUUUUUCUAAAUUUCGUAAGGUACUGUAGAUUACAAUUAUGUCGAUUUUCGCUGUAAUAUUUUGGUUGAACUGAUUUUAUUUCGACGGUAUGACAUAAUUGUACAAAGGUCAGUAUACUAACAUUCGGAUAACUUGUCUAAAUUAAGCUUUCGCAUUGUUAUAAUUAAUGUAAGAGGGCGAGUUACUAGAUGUCCCCAAUAGUUAUAAUGGUGUAUAGAUGUGAUAAGAGUUUCACAUUUAGUCGGUGUAUGCAAUCCCGAUUGCUCUGGUCAAUCCCUUACCAUUGUGGCUCUAUAUUAAUAAGAAAUUAGGUGGAAAGUACGUCACGGAUCGCGUGGAUCUCAAGUCUUUGGCGUACGUGACCAGUGAUUGUUUCUAUUUCUACUUUAAGUUUUUCGCCUUUGUUAUCUUAAAGAUUUGUUAAACAACAAUGUGGUUAAAAUCUUUUGAUACGCUCAAAAUUUGUUACCAUUUAUAUAAGGAGCGUCAGAAUGGUAAAUCGAAAAAUUUUUUUGCUUAUUUUAUGACGUUAAUUUCGCUUCUUUUAUUGAUUAUAUCUAUUGUUUAGUUUCUUUUUAAGUUUUCUUUUAAUUGUAAAUAUAUCGCGAUGUAUCGUGAUGGUAAAGCCAAAGAUUGUUACGGGUAUGGUGACCCUCUGCCGUCACAUGGGCUGUGCAGCACUGUACAUAUUGCCCGUCGCAACUCUUUGAGUGUCGAAGUACGAUUUUAAAAUCUAUUCAACGCAUUAUGUACACUGCUGCACAGUUCAAUUAGUUUGUAAGUUAAUCUACCUCGAGGAAUAUAAUUUAGUCGUAAGUAAGCUUUUAAAUAGAUUUUUAUAUGAAGAAAAAAAAUUAAAACUCUAAAUGUUAAGUGUGUUAAGAAAAAUAAAAAAAAAAUUAAGAGUACAAAAAAGCUACCUCAGGAUUCAAGUAUAGCGAUACGGAUUUUAACGCCGUCACAGAUUUUUAAUCUUCUAGGAAUACUAUUAAAUGUAUAUCAGAUUUUAAGUGAAUAUCUAUUGAGUAAAUUAAUGUAAUGUUGUUGAGAUUUGGACGUUUAUUCAUACAAUUUUAUUGAAUUAUUGAAAAAUGAUGGUAAUUUAAAAUGUAAAGGAAGAUCACGUGAAUUGAAUCUCUGGAGAGUAGUGAGUGCUUUGACUCGGCGAUUGGCUCAAGGGUGUAUGUCAAGAUGUUACCGCGGGCAAUAUAAAUCUACCUCUAGCCUGAGUUGGGCUCCUAAAACCUUAGUACGUAAGUGUUAAUUAGGCUAGUUUUAAUAAUCUCACUGAUGUUCUACCUCAUUUUAUAGCACGCUGUGUGUCGGGGAUUGGCCAAGAGUUUUUUUUUCGACGUAAUCUAAAUGUACCUUUCUUCACUCUCCGGAGUAUAAAACAUUUUAAUUCAUAACUUUAUUAUUAUUAAUUUUUCCCCAGUUAAUUUUUGUGUUGCAUAGAUGUUACUAUGUUUUAAGGAGA